AUGGAUGGGACCGGCGAACUCCUUUGCCGCAAAUGCAACGAGCCCACCACUGUUUCGACUUCCCAUGCAACGGGACGAAACGAGUUGCUCCGGAUUUGCCAGGAGUGCGGCGGCACAGAGCGGAUCUUGAACAAGCAGAUCGCGAAGAGUUUGGCUCAGAAGAAAGCCAAAGAGGGUGAGCUCAAUGCUCACGAGGAGGAUCUGCUGAACAAGUGCCAGACUGCUGCGGACUUGAAGAAGCAGCUGGGGAAGAUGACGAAGGAGGAGCAGCACGAGUGGUACAGGAGUGAAAAGAAGUCCCACCGCCAGGACGGUGGUGGUGGCGGUGUGUCUAAGAAGAGAACAUUUGCCACCGCCGUCGGGGUUGUCGAAGACACUCGGCGGGCUUCCAUGAGAAACAGCGAGCAGGAUAGGUGGUGGCUUGAGAAAGACUGGGUCGCCAGAGAGAUGACCUUGGGCCUCGUGAAGAGCUACGAGGAUGGGCGGGCGAAGUUCUUGAAAAGGUGUCAGGAUGAUGACACCGAGAGCAAACAGUUGAGAGGCGUCUGGAUGCUGAAGGAGUUUGGUGGCUUGCUGGGCGAGCUCGCACAGGAGCACAGCGUAGCAGGAACUCUUCGCCAGCGAAUGGACGUCACAGACCAAAACGAGCUGGCUGUCUGCCAAGAGCAGACAGCACAGAGGCUCAAAAAGGCCGGUGAAAGGCUGGCAACCGAAAAGGCCAUGCUCGACCAAGGCAUGGAAAACGCCUCGGUGCCGGGACUGCAUGUCGCCCGAGACCUCGAUCAGCUCAAGCAGGAAGAGGCUCUGCGAGAUCAAAGGUGGAUGGAAACGGUGCUGGAGAAGCAACAAGCCGACAAGGAAAGGCAAGAGAACAAGGACAAGAAAAAGCCCGUUAGGGCAGUGCUCUUCCUGCAGAUCAAGAAUGCCCAUGCCCGGGAGGAGACCAUGCUUGCCUCCGCACACGGCAAGCAGCAGGAAGCCUUCACCGGCCUGAGAGAAGAGACUCAGGCAAUGAUGGCAGAGGAAGACGAAGGAACAAAGAAAGAGUUCCAGUCAACAAUGGAUGCACUCGAAGAGGACUUGGGCAAGCUUCUUCAAUCCAUCCAUGAGCUCGCAGCAAACCGGAAAAUCAAGGAGGAGGAGAUGGCAACGACGGAGGACGAUGACGAGCUGCUCAACUACCUGAAGGAGGCCACGGAGGCGUGCAAGAAGGGUCCUGGGGACUGGCCACAGCUGAAGGCGGUGAAGGACAGGAUGAAGGCCUUCCGAGGUUUGGUCAACGAUGCCAAAAAGGCUUUGGCCAAAAAGGACUCGCUGGCCAAGAAGAAGGCAAAGAACAAGGCCCUCGCCGCUGCCACAUCUGCGAACGGCACCUCGUCGCAAGCCGAGCUGUUGAAGCCAAAAUGGGCGAAGCUUCAGAAAGGCAGCAACGGGGUGUGGUUCAAUCUGCAGGAUGAUAUGCUGGAUCAGAUGCCGGGCAAAGGCCCAGUGCUGAUCCCUGCCGAGCAAAUCACAGGCCUGCUCAAGAGUGUUCAGGAUCUGGUUUACUACCAGUCCCAGAAGCAGUGGUUAGGAGAGAAGAUGAAGACAGAUGGCAGAGGUGUAACCACUGCGGUGAUCGGACGAGAGGCAGUUGCGAAGCAAGUUCUCGGCUUCAUCGCCAAGAGCCUGCCGGUGGCAGUCGCUGACCGCCUUUCGCUUCCGGGGGAUGAAGAUCUGCUGGACCUGUGGAGGCCCAUGUUCUGCCAGUGCAUGGGCGGCCGUGUGGACACCAGCACAGCCUUCAGCCUGCCAGAGCUGACGGUGCAUCUCGAGGGGACAAGCGUUUUCUUCGCCGGCUUCCGUGCCAGCGAGGAAACACAGCUCGGGGACUUCAAAGCCCUCACGUCGCAAGAGUUCCUUGACCGCUGCGAGUGGUUUGCAAACUUGUCCUCCGGCCAGGGCAUCGUCCUGCCGCCAGGGAUGGUGUACAUCAUGAUCAACACGGAGUACGACGUCGAGAAGGAAGACAGCCCCGAAAGCAUUCCAGCCCACAUGCUGAAGUUGUUCGUAAUGACGGCGAGCUCCUGCAAAUGGGCAUCGACAAGCCUUGCAAAGGUGGUCGCCCGCACCCCCGAGCUGGGUGCCAAAAGAACAGGUAAACUUCUGAACCACUUCCUCAGCGUGCUGGACUAA